AUGUCCCAACAGUUCAAAGAACUCACUGGCACAGUUCAAAAUGCCCUCAGUGAGUUUCAACCUCCAAACAAAUUGGAUCUCCAAGGCCUUGUGAAGGAUGUGUUGUUGUUGGAUACAUGGGCAGCAAUGGCCAGAUCGGAGGAUCUGUCAAACUCUGGGCAACUCAGUUUCCCGAAAUGGAUGGUCCCAGAAGUAUUCCCCACCAUUACUUCCUCCCUGUUUAUGGUUUGUGUUCAUUGGAUGAUGGGCCACCAGCCAGAUGAUCUUUCAGGAUGGAUCAAUCAUGUCCCCAUCAGUAGAACAAAGUGGAGUGUCCAGUGGUGGUUGGGAUACAUCCCAGAUCAGGUGAUUGAGCUAUGUUCACAGUUUCCUGAGUUCCUCCAGCUACAUGACCCUUUCGCUAUCAAUGGUGAGCCAGCUCUCACCUCACAGUGGCUCAUCAAUUACUCUCAUGUCAGCCCUCUCAUUAUGGUAAUUUUGAUUUCUCCUCUUGUCCUACUUCUCAACACUACCCUCACAAAUCCAAUGAUGCUCCCUACGAUGAACACAUUACUAUUGCAUGCCACCCUCUGUGGGGGAUUUAUCCAAAUAUCUCAAGGAGACCUGGAUGCAUUCCAUGUGGCAUGGAGGGUGGUAUUGCCUCACAUACCUGAGUCUGUUGAUCGGACACCCAGUCCUCCCCUUGACAACACUGACAAUGAGGGACCUUCCACUUCCACUCACACUGAUGAAAGGCCUUCCACUCAAACUAAUGCCAAGCCUUCCACUUCCACUCACACUGACAAAGGGCCUUCCACUCAAACUAUGCCAAGCUUCCACUUCUGCUCACACUGA